UUCACGCUGUGUCCACCGCGUUACUAUCAAAUGUCGAUAUCAUAAAAUCUAAUAUUUUGUACCUAUAUUUUUUAACGAAAAUAUAUCAAGAAAAGUACAACAACUAAAUUUAGAAUAUCAUUUAGCCGUAAUCGAGUAGUUUGACCAAAACGUGUGAUCGACCUCCAGUUGUAUGAGUGUAGUCGAAAUCAAGUGAGUGCAAAAAAUACAUAAACAAGCUAUCAUCAUACACAGCCUCCUACGCGAGGUACUUAUUGACAAGCGAGGAACCAGAUACGGGUGACUAUCGCGCGGUGAUGACUGAACAGGAUAUCGACGAUGUCGCGUUUCUCACAGGUACAAAUCAUAGAGUUACUGCCCCCAUCACCCACUCCAUAUGUCAGUCAUCACCACUCAUUCAUAACCGUGACUCAGGCGGUGUUGUAGGAAAUGAAAAUAAUUCCGGGCAAGCCAAGAAAAGCCUCUACGAGAAUCAUGGAGUCGCUUCGUGUUCGCACAACAGGGCACUAUGCAUCGCAAUCGUCGUCUUUGCACUUCUGUUCACCCUUGCUAUCAUUAUUGCCUUUACCGGACCUCAGAGUGAUUGUACCUGUGUCGGUGAGAAACCACCAAAUUACGUCGAUGAAACGACGAACAUGACAAGAACUUUCGUACCUAGAGCAACAAAUGGACAGAUCUUCCCUUGGAACAAUAUACGUCUUCCUACCUCCUUGAAACCCUAUCGCUAUAACUUAACAAUACAUCCAAAUUUGACCACGCUUGAAGUGAGAAGUCAAGUCUCUAUUGAAUUUCACGCUGAGAAAGAUACAAAUUUCAUAGUGCUCCAUUGCAAAAACCUCACUAUACUGGACAAAUUGAUCCACGAUCGUAAAGGAAACAAUUUGACAAUUAUCAAAAUAUUGGAAUAUCCCGGCGCAGAACAGUUAUAUAUAGAAGUCAGAGAUAAAUUUAAGAAGAGACAUAACUACACCUUGAAAAUGAGAUACAACUUCAAACUGAAUACGGAUCCCGAAGGUUUCUACAUUUCCAGUUAUAUUACCAAAAGUGGAGAUAGGCGGUAUAUUGCUUCGACCCAUUUUGAACCAAAAUAUGCUCGAACUGCAUUUCCAUGUUUCGACGAACCCCACUUUAAAGCUAAAUUCAGAUUAACUAUUUUCAGAGACAGAUUUCAUAUAACUCUUUUUAAUACCCCCGUAGUGAACACAGACGACUUAGGAUUUUAUAUGGGCACUGGUCUGUUACGUGACGAUUUUCUGGAAACAAAAGAAAUGAGCACAUAUUUGGUUGCAUUUGUGAUUUGCGAUUACACCCAGCAAAACGAGCACACUGAACAUGGCGUUUCUGUAUCCAUUUAUACAUCAAAACCGUAUGUUCCGCAGGCAUUUUUCACCCUUAAUACUACUACACAUCUUCUCGAUUUUUAUGAAAACUUCUUUGGAGUAGCCUUUCCAAUUCCAAAACUUGAUUUGGUAGCCCUUCCCGAUUAUGAGAAAGGUGCCAUGGAAAAUUGGGGACUCAUAACUUAUCGUGAAACUGCCAUUUUAUAUAACUCUAACGAAACAUCUAUUUCAGCCCAUCAAUGGGUUACUAGUAUUAUCGCUCAUGAAUUAGCUCAUCAAUGGUUUGGCAAUCUAGUAACAAUGAAAUGGUGGAACGAUUAUUGGCUACAAGAAGGAUUCACUACAUUAUUUGAGUAUCUUGGCAUGAAUGACUAUUUUCCAAAAUGGAAGAUGAUGGAACAAUUUAUUGUCGAUAAAACACAACCUGCAUUAGCCUUAGAUGCACUAGUUAGUAGCCACCCCAUAUCUGCGACUGUAAACGAUCCGUCUGAAAUUAAUGCUAUUUUUGAUACUAUUUCUCUAAAUAAGGGUGCUGCAAUUUUGUACAUGUUGGCAAAUUUUUUACAAAAUGAAAACUUACAAAAUGGCCUUACUGACUAUCUUCUCUCCUUUAAAUACUCAAAUGCCGAAACGAAGGACCUUUGGAAUGUGCUUUCGAGAAACGUUAAUCAAACUCUUGAUGUAAAAACAAUCAUGGAAACAUGGACGAAUCAAAUGGGGUUUCCACUAAUAACUCUAAAACGAGAAGAAAAUGAAAUUAUUGCUAGUCAAACAAGAUUUCUGGUAACAGCAGAACGAAUCAAUAAUUCCCUCCAUGCUUCUUUAAACUCCCCAUACGAUUACAAAUGGUACAUUCCCUUGACAUACUUUACUAAUAAUGACAGCGAAAUUAAGUAUGUCUGGAUGAAUAUGACGGAUGCUCGAUUUGAAUUGAAUCCUGACGUCAAAUGGAUCAAAGCGAAUGUAAAUCAAACUGGAUUCUAUAGGGUGAUGUAUGAUGACGACAUGUGGCAGUCAUUGAUACAUAUAUUGAAGACCAAUCACAAAACAUUCAAUGCUGCAGAUAGAGCAAGCUUGAUCGAUGACGCAUUUGCAUUAUCGAGGGCGGGCAUUCUGAACGCCAGUGUAGCUCUAGAGCUAUCUUUGUACCUGAAAAACGAGAGAGAUUAUGCCCCUUGGGCUGCUGCAUUGGAACAUUUGAAAGCAUGGGCUCGUCGACUGUCUGAAUCAUUAGCUUACAAAUCGUUCCUGAGAUAUAUGAGGCAUUUACUAACUCCAGUAACAAAGUACGUUGGAUGGAACAAAAAUAAAUCACAUAUCGAAAAGUUGCUGAGAGUAAAGGUUCUAUCUGCUGCCAUACUAUGCGAAUUGAAUGAUACAAUAUCUAGUGCGAAAGUUCAUUUCCAAAACUGGAUGCUUCAAAAUAAGUCCAUAGACCCUAAUUUGAAAGAAAUUGUUUAUUCUGCAGGCAUCAAAUAUGGUGGAAUGACUGAAUGGCAGUACUGCUGGAAUUAUUACAAAAAUACAUCAUCAUCCAGUGAAAAAAGACUCUUGUUACAAGCUCUAGGAGUUGCUUCGGAUCCCUGGCUUCUACAGAGAUAUCUGAUGGAAACUCUUGAUAAAAACGUCGUGAAACCUGAAGAUGUAAUACUUGUAUUAGAAGUGGUAGCAGCCAAUCCCGAAGGACGUCUUUUGGCCUGGAGACAUCUGAAAGCUUAUUGGCCAACUAUGCACUCCCUCUAUGGAAAUAGUACCAUACUGAUGGGCAACCUCAUAUCAGCAGUCACUGCACAUUUGUCAACACGAUAUGACUUUUACGAGGUUUCAACAUAUUUCAAUGGGAUGAAUGUAGGAUCAGCUACCAGAGCACUGGACCAAAGUUUGGAAAUAAUUCAACUGAAUAUGAACUGGGUGUCGCAAAAUGAAGAGGAAGUGAAUACUUGGCUUCGUAAAAAUGUAAAAUAA